AUGCCCCGCUCCUCUCAACGUCCCUUGGCAACCCGCUCCCAACCACCUCUCGCGGCCCAUCACCCCCUCCGCAACACUUGCCCGGAAUGGAACCGGAGCCGACCCUUACCUCUCUCCUCGAGGCUAUCAACACCCUCACCAGCCAAAUCGGGUCCUUGCAGGCCCAAAUCCACUCUCAAGGCCAACAGCUCUGAGCUCAAAGCCAUAUGCAAGGAGACCAACGACCUCGGGCCUGUCACCCCUCCUACCCACUCAGGGGGGGAAGCUCACACUCCAGGCACGGUUAGGCCUGGGCUCAAAGCCCCAUUCCGCCCCUCAAGAGGAACAGGGUUUGACUCAGAGGAAGAGGAAGAACCAAGGCGGCCCAAAAAAGAGCCUCAAGGGUCCAAUAUAAAACAACCCAAAAUGGACCUUCCAGAUCCUUAUAAGGGUGAUACUAGGGGACGCAAGGCACCCAGUGGCUCGAUCAAUGCUUUUUGGGUGGCCCUCCACAGGGACCAGUUUGAUGAGGAAGAACAGAUGGUGGCCGCCGAUUGGGCCCUCCCUAUCAUAGGGACCAUCAUCAAGGGCGAGGGCAACCCCCCUACCACUAUCCCGGCCUUAACGGCCAAAUUCAAGGAGGCAUUUGCAGACCCCAAUGCCAAAAGAGCGGCUGCCAGGAAGAUCGCCGCACUAACUCAGUCCACAACCACGGCUGAGUAUGUAACCAAGUUCCGCAACCUUAUGGCGGAACUCAAUUGGAACACUGAGGCGUUCAUUGCCCAGUUCACGCGCGGUCUUCACUGGAAGGUGAAGGAACUCCUGUCCACCAAGGACAACAUUCCAGACGAUGAUCUCGAGGCCAUAUUUGCCGCCUCAAUCAAAAUUGAUAUUCGUUGGGAGAAUGAGGAGAACCGACCCAAGAAAACCCCCGCUAAGUCCCCGGCCACCGUAGCCACCACUUCCACCACCACCACUCAACGGGUCCGUUUAUCGGAGGACCCUAACUAUGUCACCCCGGAAGAAAGGGACCGCCGCCGCGCGUCUGGUCUUUGCGUCAAGUGCGGCCAGAAGGGCCAUGGGAUCAAGCAGUGCCCUAACGGUUGGAAGGCAACAAUCAAAGAAAUAGCCAAGGUUGCCGAGGAUGAGUCGGGAAAAGAUGAAGUCGAGGACUGCUGCCAAGCCCCGACUCGAAAAAUGGACAAUUACCCAGAUAGCAUCGAGGAAGAAGCAGAUACCAACCCAUUGGCGGAUCUUCCAGAACAAUACCACGAAUUUGCUAAAGUCUUUGGCAAAGAAGAAUUCAAGGUCCUUCCCCCACAUAGGGAAUACGACAUCUCCAUGACCUUGUCCCUGAUGCUAAGCUCCCCUGGACCAAUUUAUGGUAUGACCGACGCCGAGUCCAAGGCCCUCAACAACAUAUCGAGGAGGAACUAG